UCGUUUAAUCAACGUAUCAUUUUAUUUCUAAUUUAUAUUAACUAUUCUGUUAGAAUUGUUCGUACUAACAACAUAAAUUUAAAUAUGAAUUCGUUUAUUAAUUUAAAUUUUAUUUUGAGUUUAUUUUUAUUGAUGAGAUUUGUAAAGUGCAAUGACGAUUUUCGAUUUCCGCAAAACUUCUCAAUAGGAGCUGCUACUGCUUCUUAUCAAGUGGAAGGUGGUUGGAAUGCAAGUGACAAAGGUGAAAACUUGUGGGAUUGGUUCACACAUAUUGAACCAUCACGAAUUUUUGACAAAAGUAAUGGAGAUAUUGCUUGUGAUUCUUUCAAUAAAUAUAAAGAAGAUGUGAAGAUUUUGAAAAAUAUUGGAUUCGAUCACUAUCGAUUUUCAAUAAGUUGGUCACGAAUUUUGCCAAAUGGUUUUGCAAAUAAUGUUAGCAAAGAAGGAAUAAAAUAUUAUAUGAAUCUUCUCGAUGAAUUAAAUGAAAAAGGAAUAACGCCAUAUGUAACACUUUAUCAUUGGGAUCAUCCAUCAGUUUUGGAAAAAUUUGGUGGAUGGACUAAUAAACUAAUGGUCGAAUGGUUUGCUGAUUAUGCCAGGGUUGUAUUUCGGGAAUUGGGUUCAAAAAUUAAGAUCUUCCUAACAAUCAAUGAGCCAAUGGUGUUUUGUGGAUUUGGUUAUGGAUCAACGCAAAGAGCUCCUGGAAAAAAUAUGCCAGGUUAUGCAAAUUACUUAUGUGUUCAUAAUGCUCUAAAAGCACAUGCUCGAGCAUAUCAUAUUUAUGAUAAAGAAUUUCGUCCAAGUCAAAAUGGUCAAAUUAGCAUUGUCCUACAUUGUACACGCUUUUAUCCUGCCGAUUUAAAUGACACUUUAUUAGAUAAUGUUGCAUUUCAAUUCACCUGUGGAUGGAUGGCACAUCCAAUUUUUUCCAAAAAAGGCGAUUAUCCAGAAAUAAUGAAAGAUAUAGUAAAAAAGAAAAGUUUACGUCAAGGUUGGUCACAAUCAAGAUUACCUAGUUUCUCACCAAAAUGGAUUUCCUAUAUUAAAGGUACAGCUGAUUUUUUCGCUUUAAAUCAUUAUACUUCAAGAAUUGUGGAAAACAAAACAGGAAAUUUUGAUCCAUUUUUCCAUGAUCUUGAUAUGAAUAUAAUAGUUGAUCCAAAUUGGCCUAAAACUGAGAGUGAAUUUUUUUUUAUAGUACCAGAGGGUUUUAGAUCAAUACUCAAUAAAAUAAAAGAUGAGUACGCAAAUCCUCCUGUUUAUGUAAUGGAAAAUGGUUUUUCUAAUUCUGCGGUUCUUGACGAUAUUGAACGUUUAAAUGGUAUAAAAAUGUAUUUAAAAGCAUUAUUAACAGCCAUUCAUAAGGAUAAAUGUAAUGUAAAAGCAUAUACUGUUUGGAGUCUUCUCGAUAAUUUUGAAUGGGAUAGAGGAUAUAGUGAGCGCUUUGGAAUUGUACAUGUUGAUUUUAAUGACCCCGAGCGAAAACGGACAUUAAAACAAUCUGCAAUGUGGUUUAAAAAAAUACUAUCAACACGUGACCUGAACGCUGCUGACAAUACAUCUUUUAGCAUUGGCUUGAAGAACAACAUGAGAUUGGUCAUCAAUUUAAAAAUUAUUCUAGUAGUACUACUACUUUCAUUUGGAAAUGAAAAUACGGAAACAGACUGGGAAUUUCCAAAAGAUUUCAUAAUAGGAGCAGCAACAGCAUCUUAUCAAAUUGAAGGAGCCUGGAACUCAAGUGGAAAAGGAGAAAGUGUCUGGGAUUGGUUUACCCAUAAUAGACCAAAUCUAAUUAAAGAUGGUACUAAUGGUGAUGUUGCUUGUGAUUCAUUUGAUAAAUACAAAGAAGAUGUGUCAAUACUUAAGAACAUUGGUUUUGACUUCUAUCGUUUCUCAAUAAGUUGGACAAGAAUAUUUCCAACUGGCUUUCCUAAUAAGAUCAGUUCAGAAGGAAUUGAAUAUUAUAAAAAUUUAAUUGAUGAAUUGCGCGCAAAAGGAUUGGAGCCAUUUGUUACAAUUUAUCAUUGGGAUCAUCCGGCAGUAUUGGAAAAACUUGGAGGAUGGACCAAUGAAUUAAUGGUCGAUUGGUUUGCAAGUUAUGCCAGAGUUGUUAUUCAAGAACUUGGUCCAAAAGUUAAAUUUUUUGCCACAUUAAAUGAACCAAUGGUUUUUUGUCCUGAAGGUUAUGGAGGACUUACUAAAGCUCCAGGAUUAAAUUUAAAUUUAUACGCUGAAUAUAUUUGCAUGCAUAAUGUAUUAAAAGCGCACGCAAAAGUUUAUCACAUGUAUAAUGAUGAAUUUCGUCAAAUUCAAAAUGGUAAAAUAGGAAUUGUCAAUCCAUGUCAAUAUUACUAUUCAAAAAAUGAAACCGACACUCAAACAAGGGAUAUUGCUUUUGAUUAUUCAUGUGGUUGGGCAUCGCAUCCAAUAUUUUCUAAAGAUGGCGAUUAUCCUCCAAUUAUGAGGCAACGAAUUGAUGAAAAUAGUAAAAUUCAAGGAUGGCCUACAUCUAGAUUGCCAAGAUUUACUCAGGAUGAAAUUAAAUACAUAAGAGGUUCAUCGGACUUUUUUGGAUUGAAUCAUUAUACAUCAUUUGUGGCAAUACCACAAAUAAAAAAAGAAGGAUCAGUAUGGUUUAAUGAUGCAGGUUAUUAUAAGACAUUCAAUCCUAAAUGGCCAGGUGCUGCAAGUUCAUGGCUAAAGGUUGUACCAGAAGGAUUUAGGCAUAUGUUAAACAAAAUAAAAAAAGAAUAUCAAAAUCCAAUUGUAUAUGUUACUGAAAAUGGAUAUUCAGAUAGAGAUGGUCUUAAUGAUUAUGGUCGAAUGAAUUAUUAUUAUUCGUACAUAAAGCAAAUGUUAUUGGCCAUAAAAGAUGGUUGUAAUGUUAAGGGUUAUGCCUUUUGGAGUCUUUUAGAUAAUUUCGAAUGGGAAAAAGGUUACACUGAACGAUUUGGAAUUAUUCAUGUAGACUUCAAAGAUCCAAAACGAAAGAGAUCGUACAAAAAUUCUGCCAAAUGGUUUCAAAAUGUUCUUCGAAUUCGAAAACUUUUACCAAUUAAUGAAACUUAUUGUAAUAAUGUAUGUGCCACUCCCACCACUUUACAGCCAACUCAAGUUGGACCUGUUCAAAUGUACAUAAUAAAAAAAUAUUACACAUCUCAUUGUUCUCAUUUGUCGAGCAGUGAAAGUAAAAUGUUCAAGAUGAUAAUUAAUUUAGUGUUUGUUUUAGUGAUAACAUCCUUAAUCCCUGUUUAUGGAAAUGAGAAUUCUAGAGAAAUUUAUCAAUUUCCGAAAGAUUUUAUAAUAGGAGCUGCUACAGCAUCUUAUCAAAUUGAAGGAGCUUGGAAUGAAAGUGGUAAAGGAGAAAGCGUUUGGGACUGGUUCACCCAUAACAAACCAUGGCUCAUCAAAGAUCACACAAAUGCUGAUGUGGCUUGUGACUCGUAUCAUAAAUACAAAGAGGAUGUAUCAAUACUAAAAGAUAUUGGAUUUGACUUCUAUCGUUUCUCAAUAAGUUGGACAAGAAUAUUUCCAACUGGCUUUCCUAAUAAGAUCAGUUCAGAAGGAAUUGGAUAUUAUAAAAAUUUAAUUGAUGAAUUGCGCGCAAAAGGAUUAGAACCAUUUGUUACAAUUUAUCAUUGGGAUCAUCCUGAAGUACUGGAAAAACUCGGAGGAUGGACCAAUGAAUUAAUGGUCGAUUGGUUUGCAAGUUAUGCCAGAGUCGUUAUUCAAGAACUUGGUUCAAAAGUUAAAUUCUUUGCAACAGUAAAUGAACCUAUGGACUUUUGUCAUUAUGGUUAUGGAGGAUUGGAUAAAACUCCUGCUUUAGAUCCAGAUUCAUAUGCAGAAUAUCUUUGUAUGCACAAUGUUCUGAAAGCUCAUGCUAAGGUUUAUCAUAUGUAUAAUGAAGAAUUUCGACCUAAACAAAACGGCAAAAUGGGAAUUGUUAUUCCUUGUCAGUAUUACUUUUCAAAAAUCGAAAACGACACUUUAACGGAUGAUAUAGCGUUUCAAUAUUCUUGUGGUUGGACUGCGCAUCCAAUUUUUUCUAAAGAUGGUGAUUACCCUAAGGUUAUGAGAGACCGGAUUGACGAUAAUAGUAAAAUUCUAGGUUGGCCUUGGUCUAGGUUGCCUAAAUUUUCACAAAGUGAAAUUGACUACAUUAAAGGUACGUCCGACUUUUUUGGAAUCAAUCAUUAUACUUCGUACAUUGCUGUACCAGUUGAAAAAAAGGAUGGUGGAUUAUGGUAUAACGAUGCAGGUUAUUACAGGACGUUCAAUCCAGAAUGGCCAGGAACAGCCAGUUCAUGGUUUAAGGUAGUACCUGUAGGAUUUAGAAAUAUACUGAAUAAAAUAAGAAAAGAAUAUAAUAAUCCAUUGGUGUAUGUUACUGAAAAUGGAUAUUCAGAUCGCGAUGGCUUAAAUGAUGAUAAUCGAAUUAAAUAUUAUUAUUCCUAUAUUAAACAAUUAUUAUUGGCUAUUAAAGAUGGUUGUAAUGUUAAAGGUUAUACAAUUUGGAGUAUUUUAGAUAAUUUUGAAUGGGAGGAAGGUUACACCGAACGAUUUGGAAUUGUUCAUGUUGAUUUCAAUGAUCCCAAUAGAACAAGACGAUAUAAAAAAUCUGCAAAAUGGUUCAAAGAUGUACUUCGAACUCGCAAACUUCUUCGUAUCAAUGAUUAAUUGUAGAAUAUUUACAAUUUUACAGCAUAAAAAUAGUUACAAAAAAAAUUUAUAAUUAUAAUAAAUCUUUUUUUUGCAUUUUUUUUCAUUUGGAAAAGGAAAAAUAAAAGAUUCACUUUUA